UGGCAUAACACUAUGAAGUCAAAAAUCUCGCCAGUGAUAUGCUUGUAAACUACACCUUCCCUCUUACACACGAAUUAGCUGCGCAUGCUCGACAAAUCGAAACCAAAAAUCGAAAUACUAGAUCAGUUGUGACUAGUAUUGAUGUCUGUAAGUAUUUGUUUAAGGAAAGUUACUUGUAAGUUAUAAGCUACGCACAUUUCUCACUAAUAUGUAUCUUCAUACAAGGUCUGGCUAUUAAUUUCCAGGACUCAUGGAAUAACUCAGAAGAAAAAAAAAACACAUAGCCAUUUAAUAUUAUUCGAAGUAAUCCCCAUCAGCCGUAAUACACGUCUGUGCUCGGCUGUACAAAUUUCGGAAAGAAGUUUUAAAGUCCUCUUUUGGAAUGCUCUUUAUUAGUGACGUUACAGUUUUCGUGAAGGCUUCGACAUCCUGAAAUCUUGUUCCCUUCAGUGAAUUUUUCUGCUUAAGAAACAGGAAAAAGUGUGUGCUAGGUCUGGCGGGUAUGGUGGAUGCUGCGACUCAACGACACCAUGCUGAGCUGAGAAUCGCCUCACAGUCAAACGCAAUGUGUGUACGCGAACUUUUUCAAUUGCUUCCGGCUUGCGUGCGAACUGCGGCCGAACUGUGUGCGGAUCAUCUUCCACGCUUUCGCGUUCAAAAGCGUUUAAACCAUUCAAAAGUUCUUGAGCGAGAUAAUGCUUCCUUGCCAUAAACUUGUUUUAACAAUUUGUAGGUUUCUGCAGCUGUCUUGCCCAAUUUGAAGCAAAAUUUAAUGUUAAUUCUUUGCUCCAUUUCACUUCGACAACAGGAAUUUAAGAGCUCCGUUUUAAUGCGCUUUUCCACGAGAACCAUUCACUUCAGAAUGGCGCCGAUUGCACUGCACAUGCGCAAGAGAACACUCUUCAAUAUGCAAUCAUUAGCGCCAUCUUCCGGCUUUUCUUUCUCCUACAGUUACGUCAGUCCUGGAAAUUAAUAGCCGGACCUUGUAUAUCAUAGUCAAUCGACUUAAUUUUUUUUAGUUCAUUUUUAGCAUGGAAUUUUAGGCAAUUCAUUAGGCAUUUUUUCUCUCGUUAUAAUGGAUACAAAUACUUUUCAUUUUAUGCCCUUAAAGAGAGGAGGUAGAGUGUUAAUAUUCGAAGAGGAAAUUUUUAACAUUUUGAAAAAAAAAGGGGAGACUACCUAUUGGAGAUGCUCCCAAUUUUGGAAAUGUGGGUGCACUGCACGUGUAACGUUGAAAAAAGACAUGUUUCACUCUCGAGCGGAAAACCAUAACCAUUCUUCAAGUGAAGGAAAAAUAGCUGCUCGGAGUUUCAAAGAAAAGUUAAAAACUAGAGCAGCUGGAGAAACUGGUACUCCAAUAUCAAGAUUAUACAAUGAAGAGAUCGGUAAAUUAGCUACCUCUGCUGAAGCAGCUGCCAAUCUUCCGUCAUAUGACUCAAUUAAACAAUGCCUGUAUAAAGUGAGACAUAAAGAAAGGCCUAAUCUUCCUCAUAGUUUAGAUGAUUUGGUUUUGCCUCAAAAAUAACAGUAUGUGCGAGAUAGAAAAUUUUUGAUGGUGGACGACGGCUCAGGAAAGGAUCGCCUAUUGGUAAAUAUUAAAAUUUAUAAAUCAAUCACAUUUUGUGAGUUAUAAAUAAAUUAGAAAUGUUUUUUU